ACCCCGUAUCUCAAGGGACUGCAGCGAAGAGCAGCGAACUUUAACUGCUGGAAACGACGGCGGUGGUCCAAUAGCGCAGCCACAACAGCACCAGUAACGUCAAGAAAGAAGACGGGCCAGGGCCAAGCGAGGCACUAUCAAUCAGACCUGAGGUUUCGCCCUAAUCGAGGCCAAUUUCGUUGAUCAUUUUCUAUUAUUAUUCAGUUUCUAUUCUUCAAUUAAUCUUUUGGUUGGUAGACCGGAUCUCACAAAUCCUUCUUGGACAGGG